CUUGUUAGACAGGACUGCCUAUAGCAAUGCCACACUUGCUUCUGCUCUCUAACACAGUCAGCACAGCUAUAGAAGAUGGGGUCAGAGAUCAAAGUGGUGCCAAUGCGUGUCCUGGUGACGGGAGGAUCUGGGUUGGUGGGCAAAGCCAUUGAGCAUGUGGUGCAGCGGGAAGGUGGGAAACUGGAGGGAGAGGAAUGGAUCUUCCUCUCAUCUAAAGAUGCUGAUCUUGUAGAUGUCGGGCAGACCAGGGCUGUGUUCGAGAAGUAUCGUCCAACUCAUGUCAUCCACUUGGCUGCCAAAGUGGGAGGACUGUAUCUACACAUGAGGGAGAACCUGCACUUUUUGAGGGACAACAUCAAAAUCAAUGACAACGUGGUACAAACAGCCCACGAGAUGGGCGCCACCAAAGUUGUGUCUUGCCUGUCCAGUUGCAUCUUCCCUGACAAAACCACAUAUCCCAUCGAUGAGACCAUGAUACACAAUGGACCACCACAUGACUCCAAUUUUGGAUACUCGCAUGCUAAAAGAUUGAUUGAUGUUCAGAACAGGGCAUACUAUCAGCAGUACGGACAUCGGUACACAGCGGUCAUCCCCACCAAUGUGUUUGGCCCCUAUGACAACUUCAACAUAGAGAACGGUCACGUGCUGUCGGCUCUGGUUAACAAGACAUACAAAGCCAAAAAAGAAGGAACGGCUGUUAAUGUUUGUGGCUCUGGAGCUCCGAGGAGACAGUUCAUUUACUCUCUGGAUUUGGGUCGUUUAAUCAUUUGGGUACUGAGAGGAUAUGAUGAAAUUGACCCCAUUAUUCUCUCUGUGGGUGAAGAGGAGGAAAUCUCUAUCAAAGAGGCUGUGGACUUGAUCGCAAAGGCUCUGGAUUUUACAGGAAAAAUACAAUUUGACACCACCCUGUCUGAUGGCCAGAUGAAGAAGACGGCCAGCAAUGCAAAGCUAAGACGCUACCUCCCCAACUUCACCUUCACACCUCUUAAUGAAGCUAUAAAGAAGACCUGCGACUGGUUUGUGGCCAACUAUGACAAUGCCCGCACUUGAGGGAACCAUCGCCAAGCUGAAAAUAAACACUGAUCGGUUGUAAAGCCAGUAAAUAUUUGUACUCG